CCAGCCGUCGACCGUUCUGACACCGUACACGGCCAAUGCGUUCCAAUUUCCACUUUUUUCUCAGUCCGACAAGAAAUCCAUCAGCAUCAACGCAGAUUUUUGCAAUCUUCCAAUGUGGAAUAUUCGUCGGAAUAAUUUUUGGUACAGAGAUAUCUCGGUGCAUUCAGUUUGCAAACGUGUAAAGUGAAAUCACCAUGCCUCUGCCAAAGAAAGAUGAAUAUUCAGAUGUCCAGGUUUACUUCACAGCCAAUGAAUGGGCAGAUAUCAGCGAUUACGAACGGAUUUGUAUCCAGAAUGUCAAGGAAAACUAUGAGAUGAUGGUAAAAGUUGGGGUACAGGUCAACCCACCAAUGUUCAUGCAGCGUCAGCAAGGAAUUCAUAAAGAGAUAAUUGAGGAAAGUGAUACGGGGACAGAGUCAAGAGGGUCUUCUGACGUUCAUAAUCAACAGGGAAAUACAUGUCAUACAGAGAAGAAUGAGUUACAUAAAGAGAAUUUGAAUACAUUCACUAUAAAAGUAGAGGCCGAGUAUGAUGAUGAUGGCAAUCUGCUAGGUGUGGCUAAUCACAAUGCAGAAGGGAAAAUUACUGAUCUGGAAUGGAAGAACUAUGAUCAAAUUACCCUGACACAAACCAAUCCAAUAUCAUCAGGUGAUCAGAGGACCAAGUCAGGUGAUCUCGUCUCUCCGUCAUGUGAGCAGAAGGCAGAAAUAUGUGAGGCUAAUCACAAUGCAGAAGGGAAAAUUACUGAUCUUGAAUGGAAGAACUAUGAUCAAAUUACCCAGACACAAACCAAUCCAAUAUCAUCAGGUGAUCAGAGGACCAAGUCAGGUGAUCUUGUCUCUCCGUCAUGUGAGCAGAAGACAGAAAUAUGUGAGGCUAAUCACAAUGCAGAAUGGGAAAUUUCUGAUCUGGAAUGUAAGAACUAUGAUGAAUUUACUCAGAGACAAACCAAUCCAAUAUUAUCAGGUGAUCAUAGGACCAUGUCAGGUGAUCAGAUCAUUCUGUCAUGUGAUCAGAAGGCAGAAGAAGCUUCAGGAGGCAGCCAGACUCCAACCCAGUUCACAUCCAUAUAUGAAAAGGAUUCUGGAAUCUACAGAUGUGAGUAUUGUGGAUCAGUCUAUGCUAUUCCUCUCAUCUUAUCAAGGCAUCUCAAGUACAAACAUGGGCUUAAUGGUGUUGUCUUGCCCUCGUAUGCAUCAAAGGAACGUAUUCUACAGUUUGUUGAAGGAGAAAUAAAAAAAUCCAUGUGUGAAAUUAAUGAUUUUAUGCAUGGUGAAAAGAGAACUUUGAAAACAGGAAAUAAGGAAACUAUGAUACUUGAAAAGAAACCUUAUGUAUGUUACCAGUGUGGUAAGGCAUUUAUUACUGCAUAUCAUCUCACAAGACAUAAACGAAUCCAUACAGGUGAGAAAACCUUUGUAUGUGACCAAUGUGGUAAGGCAUUUUAUGAAAAAUUCAAUCUCACAGUACACAAACGUAUCCAUUCUGGUGAGAAGCCCUUUGUAUGUGAUCAGUGUGGUAAGGCUUUUAGUCAAAUACGAGAUCUUACUAGACAUAACCGAAUCCAUACUGGUGAGAAGCCCUUUGAGUGUGAUCAGUGUGGCAAGGCAUUCAGUGUUAGAAAUACAUUGAUAAUACACAAACGAAUCCAUACAGGUGAAAAGCCCUAUGUGUGUGAUCAAUGUGGUAAGGCGUUAAGGCAUAAAGGUAGCCUCACAAUCCAUAAACGAGUCCAUACUGGUGAGAAGCCCUUUGAGUGUGAUCAGUGUGGUAAAGCAUUUAAGCUUAAAUCUUAUCUUGAAACACAUGAACGCAUCCACACAGGUGAGAAGCCCUAUGUAUGUGAUCAAUGUGGUAAGGCUUUUAGUCAAAUACAAGAUCUCACCAGACAUAAACGAAUCCAUACAGGUGAUAAGCCCUAUGAGUGUGAUCAGUGUGGUAAGGCAUUUAGUGAAAAAUAUUAUCUUACAACACAUAAACGCAUCCAUACAGGUGAGAAGCCCUAUGUAUGUGAUCAAUGUGGUGUCGCAUUUAAGCAAUCUCAUGAUCUCACAAAUCAUAAACGCAUCCAUACAGGUGAGAAACCCUUUCUAUGUAUCCAAUGUGGUAAGGUGUUUAGUCGAAAAGGUAGCCUCACAAGACAUAAACGAGUCCAUACUGGUGAGAAGCCCUAUGAGUGUUAUCAAUGUGGUAAGGUGUUUAGUGAGAAAGGUAGCCUCACAAACCAUAAACGAGUCCAUACUGGUGAGAAGCCCUUUGAGUGUGAUCAAUGUGGUAAGGCGUUUAAUCAUAAAUAUACUCUUACAAUACAUAAAAGAGUCCAUACUGGUGAGAAGCCCUUUGUAUGUGAUCAUUGUGGUAAGGCAUUUAAUGGAAAAAAAAAUCUCAUAGUACACAAACGUAUCCAUACAGGUGAGAAGCCCUAUCUCUGUGAUCAUUGUGGUAAGGCUUUUAAGCAUAAAUCUUAUCUUAAAACACAUGAACGCAUCCACACAGGUGAGAAGCCCUAUGUAUGUGAUCAAUGUGGUAAGGCUGUUAGUCAAAUACGAGAUCUUACUAGACAUAAACGAAUCCAUACAGGUGAGAAGCCCUUUGAGUGUGAUCAGUGUGGUAAGGCAUUUAGUGAAAAAUAUCAUCUUACAACACAUAAACGCAUCCAUACAGGGGAGAAGCCCUAUGUUUGUGAUCAGUGUGGUAGGAUGUUUAAUCACAAAGGUAGCCUCACAACCCAUAAACUAGUCCAUGCUCAUGAGAAGCCCUUUGAGUGUGAUCAGUGUGGUAAGGCAUUUAAUGAAAAAUCCAUUCUUACAAUACAUAAACGCAUCCAUGCAGGUGAGAAGCCCUAUGUUUGUGAUGAAUGUGGUAAUGCAUUUAAUCAAUCUAAUGAUCUCACAAAUCAUAAACGCAUCCAUACAGGUGAGAAACCCUUUCGAUGUGUUCAAUGUGGUAAGGUGUUUAGUCGAAAAAGUAGCCUUAGAAGACAUAAACGAGUCCACACUGGUGAAACGCCCUAUGUAUGUGAUAUAUGUGGGCGGGCAUUCAAUCAAAUACAACAGCUCACUGCACAUAAACAAACUCAUACAGGUAACAAGCCCUUCAUAUGUGAUUAAUAUGGUAAGGCAUAUUAUGAAUAGUCGAAUCUCACAGUACACAAACGUAUCCAUACAGGUGAGAAGCGCUAUCUAUGUGAUCAUUGUGGUAAGGAAUUUAAUGAAAAAUCCAAUCUCACAGUACAUAAACAAAUCCAUACAGGUGAGAAGCCCGGUGUUUGUGAUUAAUGUGGUAAUGCAUUUAAUCAAGAAUCUUGUCUCAAAACACAUAAACGCAUCUAUACAGGUGAAAAGCCCUAUGUAUGUGAUCAAUGUGGUUAGGCAUAAUCCAAUACAACAGCUCACUGCGCAUAAACAAAUCCAUCCACGUGAAAAACUGUUUGUUUGCGAUCAAUGUGAAAGGGCAUUUAGUCCAUCAUAUAGUUUUACAAUACACAAGUAAGUCCAUACAGGUGAUUAGCCCUUUGUGGUUUAUUAAAAACAAAAAAAUUAAAACCCACACUUCAUACUUCUCUGCCAAAUUUCCAUUUCAGGGGAUUUCUUUUUCCCCUAAGACUUUUGAUCUAGGCCUAUGUUGAUUCAACGGUUACACUUCGUAAUUCCGAAACAUGUAAAUUGCCUAUACCUCGAUGUUCGU